AUGGUGAGGUUUACGGCAGCAGAAUACGCGGACAUGGUUGCAGUGUACGGUGUUGCGGGUGGAGUUGCAGCAGAAGCGACUUUAUGCGGUGCAUACCAGCGGCUGAGGGAGGAUAACCUCCUCCCAAGGCACGGGGAAGUGCGCCCUAGACGUGGAGAUCGUGUCCAGGUGGAAGAGGAGAUUCUGGAGACGGUCGAGAACUCUCCGGAGUUGUCCGUCCGGGGAAUUGCAUCGGCCCUUGGAACCACCCGUUCCACGGUGCAUCGCGUGCUGAGGGUUGAGGGCUUGCAUCCCUGGAAAUAUACCCCGGUCCAGGAGCUGAAACCGGAGGACUUCCCAAAGCGUGUGGACUUCUGCCAAUGGCUCCUCGACAGAAGUCGCGAGCCAGAGGUCAUACGCAACGUUUGCUGGACGGAUGAGAAGAUUUUCGUGAGAAAGGGGAUUGUCAAUCAGCACAAUGAGCAUCAUUGGGCUUUUAAAAAUCCUCGUCUCACGAAAGAAACGAAUUUCCAGUAUCGUUGGGACCAUAUGAAUAUCUGGGGAGGCAUCAUUGGUGAUGAAGUCCACAUUCAUCACCUUCCAGGACGUCUCGACGGUGGCAAUUACUUAGGAUUUUUACAAGAUCGUCUCGUAAAUGUCAUCGGGGACGGUCAUGCGGAGAGGGAUGUGUGGUUUCAGCACGAUGGUGCUCCAGCUCACACCUGUGUCGCUGUGGUGGAGGCUCAGAAUGAGUGGUUCCCGGAUCGCUGGAUCGGGAAGAGGAGCGACCGGGAUAGAGGUGGAAACCUUCAACCAUCGGUGGCGUGGCCUCCGCGAUCUCCAGAUCUCACUCCGCUGGAUUUUUUCUUGUGGGGGACUCUGGAGUCGCGGAUAUACGCUCAUCAUCCAGCAACCCAGGAAGAAGUCGUCGGACUGCUGCACGCUGCAGUUGCAUCUAUCACCCCUGAUCAGCUGGAGGCCAUGAGGGGGAAUCUCCUGAGGAGGGCGAGGCUGUGCCUUGAUGCAGGUGGAGGCCACGUCGAAAACUUGCUGUAG